AGAGAGAGAGAGAGAGAGAAAAGAAAAUCAAAGGCAGAGGAAAAGGGAAAGCGCAAGAAACAGAACAAAUGACUGGACAACAGAACGGAUCUGCAAGCAAGAGAGACACUUUUAGCAGAUGCGCCGAAGAUGACAACACCAUCUGCACUCAUGGGUACCUUUACCUCGUCUACACCAUCGAUCACCCACUACAACUUGAAGAUCAACACUUCAGAAUACCCCAACUCUGUGGGGUCACAUAUCAGCACCGUACUCUCAGUCAGAUCUUCAGGCUUUGUCAUAUCCUGCUUUACCAUGUCCUUUGGCACCAUCUCCAACCUCACUGCCCUCGUCAUUUUAGCCAAAUCCCACAUGCGAUGUCGCCGCCAAGCAAAAGCAACAUUUUUGUUACUUGUUGGGGCAUUGUUGUUGGUCGACCUUGGUGGCCAUGUGAUCCUAGGUGCUUUUGCUUUAUACCUGCACACAAAUCAUAAUAAGAGUGACAAAAUUACAACACAGACUCUAAAACCCGUCAAGGCUUUCUGCCAGAUCUUUGGAGCAAGCAUGGUGUUUUUCGGUUUAUGCCCUCUACUGUUGGGAUGUGCCAUGGCAGUGGAGCGGUGCGUGGGCAUCACCCAACCUCUUUUUCACGCUGCUGUGGUCACUGUAACACAUGUGCGCCGAGUUGUAUUGUUUCUGCCCUCUCUUGCACUUGUGUUAGCAAUUCUACCUUUACUGUCCGUGGGCACGUACACCCCCCAAUUUCCAGGCACUUGGUGUUUCUUGCCAAUCCACGGUUCACGAUCAACGACCGAUGCCAACCUGGUGCUAGUCUUUUCAUGUGUGGGCCUCAUCGCUCUCGCUCUUUCUCUGCUGUGUAACAUAGUGAGUGGACUGGUGUUGCUGCAAGCAAGAAUAAAGGCAAAAACUACCAAAACUAAUUCAGCAGCUCACUGUAUCCGCCGUUCGUCAUCGCUGUCAUCAUCUUCCUUCAUAUUUUGUUCAUUGGAUGUGGAGAUGAUGGUGCAGCUGGCAGUGAUCACUGUGGUUUCCUGUGUGUGUUGGAGUCCCUUUCUCAUUCACAUUCUUGUGGUGCAGUUCAAUCAAAGUUCCAUCACCUUGACCCAACAGCCAGAUCAAUUCAUUCUUCUGGGCUUGCGAAUGGCCUGCUGGAACCAGAUCCUAGACCCCUGGGUUUACAUCUUACUGAGGAGAGCAGUGUUGUACAAAGUCUGUUGUGGACCCAGAUCCACUAUGAUAGCAAGACGUUCCUUUGUAGGAUCCAUAGGCAGUUCCAAAAAGGUGGUUAUGGUGACCAAUAUGACUCCUGAAGUUUGACUGGUCACACUGUACGCCCCGUGGUGUUUGACCAGUAUUACUCUUCUGUCACGUGCCUAACUGACAACAAUCUCCUGAUGUAUGAAUCAAACUUUUACUUUUCUGAGCUCACAGCUAGCACAGGCUAGUAUUUUAAAUUUUGAGAUGACAAACGAAUGCUCCAACAUCCCGACAUACACUUUGCAUGUUUCUUCUGUGUAAUUAUUCAUUACCAGCUCAACUAAAAUUAUUGCAUGUUUAUCUUUAUAAAAGGUGAUGACUGGAUGUCUUUGGUACCAAGUCUCUCCAGAGGAGCCUUGGGUACAGUUGGAGUAAUUUUGUGUCAAACGAGCAGUUACUUAGCGAGACUAAGAUGAGCAGUAUCACUUGCAUUGCAAGGGAGCAUCAGCUUCAACAUUUUGGUCACGUGGCACUUUUCUCUGUGCAUGAUCCAGUGCUAAGGUCCCCAGUGGAUGGAGAAGGCCAA